UGUUCAACUGGGGGGAAAAGCGCGGUGGAGCGCGCGAUCUGCUUCCACCGCAACGGUCAUGGUGCACGGUGCGACGCCUCCGGCAGCACGUUCAUGGUUGUCUUUGGGCUGUUCCAGCUGGUGCUUUCGCAACUCCCGAGCCUCAAAAAUAUAACAUGGCUUUCCGCCGUGGCCGUCGCUGCCUCCUUUGGCUACUCCUUCAUAAGUCUCGGCCUCUGCGCCGGGAAAUGGGCCUCCCACGGCAAUUUUAGGGGCACGUUAGCAGGCGCGAACGACGGGUCGCCGGGCGACAAAGCAUUCAAUGUGCUGCUAGCUCUCGGCGACAUUGCCUUCGCUUAUUCUUUCGUCGAUGUACUCAUCGAGAUCCAGGAUACAAUAAAGUCGCCUCCGCCGGAGAACAAGACGAUGAAGAAGGCGACAUUCUACGGCCUUAUGCUCACCACCAUCUUCAGCCUGCUACUUGGUUGCAUGGAUUAUGUUGCAGGGUAUGAGUUAGAGGCUUAUGUUGCAGGGUAUGAGUUUACUUUGUCUAUUAAUUUCCCUUGCUGCUGCUAUCGGCUCUGUGCAAGAUAUUGUGCAUAAUAUUUAUUUUUUUUAAGAGAUAUGUAACAUGCAACGCGCUUCGUUUACGUAGCCGGAAAUGUGAAUCAAUUAGGAUUCGAAUUUGGGACCUCGGGUACCAACCACCAAGCCCUUUACCACUUGCGCUAGGAACGGUCGGUGAUAUUGUGCAUAAUCUUAAAGUUGUUGUCCUUUUCAAAACUAUAUAUUGAGGAGGUUCGAGCCUUUGUUUUAGUUUGAGCUAAUAAAGAAAACAAAAUUCGAAAUUUUGCAUUUA